ACUCUGCGCUGCCGGACUCUGUCACAUGAUCACACAACAUCCUCCAUUUCAUUCCUGAAAUGGCCGCCAAGUAUUCCCCCCUUCCCCUCGCUCGCUGAUUGGACGCGGCGCCCCCAUGUGACAGCAGCAGUAGCACGACCUUCCCCUCUCCGCCACCACCAAUCCAAUGGCGGCAGAGGACGUAUUGGCCAAUCGUGGCGCGGGCUCAGGGACAGCUGCCGGGAUGGGAGGAUGUCCUACAAGGAAAACGUCAACCCCUUCCAUAAGUUCACCACUCCGACCAGUGCUGCGGGUCCCCAGAGGGUAUUGAGGAAAGAACACUUCCCGUCUGCUAUGACAUCAUCACUGUCCGUUUCUGCAGGCAGAGUGACAGUGACCGAUAACCAACAUGACAGAGCAGUGGAUUGUCCCAAGAAGAAGUUCACCAUCGAAGACUUUGACAUCGGCCGCCCGUUGGGAAAAGGCAAAUUCGGAAACGUCUACCUGGCCCGGGACAAGAACUCCAAGUUUAUCAUGGCCCUGAAGGUGCUGUUUAAAUCCCAGCUAGAGAAGGAGAGCGUCGAGCAUCAGCUGAGGAGGGAGAUCGAGAUCCAGUCUCAUCUCAGACACCCUAAUGUCCUGCGGAUGUAUAACUACUUCCACGACCGCAAGCGGAUCUACCUGAUGCUGGAGUUUGCUCCCCGAGGGGAACUAUACAGGGAGCUGCAGAAGUACGGCCGCUUCGAUGAGCAAAGGAGCGCCACGUUCAUAGAGGAGCUGGCGGACGCCCUGCAAUAUUGCCACGAGCGGAAGGUGAUCCACAGGGACAUCAAGCCGGAGAAUCUGCUCAUGGGAUACAAGGGAGAGUUGAAGAUAGCAGACUUCGGCUGGUCCGUUCACGCCCCCUCCCUCAGGCGCCGGACAAUGUGCGGGACACUGGACUACCUGCCUCCAGAGAUGGUGGAGGGCAAAACUCAUGAUGAGAAAGUGGAUCUGUGGUGCACAGGGGUCCUCUGCUACGAGCUCCUGGUGGGCGUGCCCCCUUUCGAGAGCCCCUCCCAUGCGGAAACCCAUCGUAGGAUUGUAAAGGUUGAUCUACAGUUCCCGUCCUUCUUGUCCGACGGAUCCAAAGAUCUGAUCAGCAAACUACUGCGUUAUGUCCCAGCACAGCGACUAACACCUAAGGGUGUCAUGGAGCACCCAUGGGUGAGAGCAAACUCUCGCAGAAUCCUGCCUCCCGUCUUCGGAGCCAGCCGUUAAAGUGAUCCCUGUUUAUGCGGUUUUGGUAGUUUUACGUCCCCACCCAUGAACACCACUGGUCCAGCUGACCGGUCACGUGAGACGUUUCGCUCUGAUGUCCCUCUCAAAUCCAGAAACUGCCUGUUGAUAAAGUGUUUAUACAUUUGCUGGCAGAGCGCUGGUGGGUGUCGGGGUCUAUAAUACUUGUGGUUGUAUAAAACCGGGCGGCUUUGUAACUGUCAGGUGGCUGGGCUUGGUGUCUCUGUGAUCUCUGUAUAUAUGUGUAUAUGGCGGGGGGAGGGGGGAGAGAAUGAAUGUUUGCAGUGUUGCAUAUGGACCUAUGGAGUGAAGACUAAGAGCAGAGGGGCUACAAGUCUGGCUGAGCACGCUAGUACUUGUGGUUCCACAACAGCUGCCGAACCCUGGCCUAAAUAAGCAUCACUGAUUUUAAGAUGAGGUUGUCUUGUUUUCUUAUAAAUGGGUAUUUAUAUAUAGUAAAAUUGCAUCAGUCUUUUACUAAAACAGUUGUUUGAAUGUUUUGUGUAAAGUUGGUGACGUGUAUUCCAGUUUUCGGGGCAUUGUUGUAUUUACUGCUCGUGUACAUAAGUUUUGAUAUGUAAAUAAACUUCAUUUUUAAAA